GUUGAGGUGGUGCAGGCCAUGCCUUCCGCAAGUCUGCGGCCGGUGCCUUUGGGCCCGACCUGGCAAAGAAGCUUGCUCAGCUUGUCAAGAUGGAGAAGAACGUCAUGCGCAGCAUGGAGAUGGUCAGCCGCGAGCGUAUGGAAGUCGCUCAACAACUCUCAAUUUGGGGAGAGGCUUGCGACGAUGAUGUUUCGGACGUUACCGAUAAGCUUGGUGUCCUAAUCUACGAGAUUGGUGAGCUCGAGGACCAAUUUGUCGACCGCUACGACCAAUACCGUGUCACCAUUAAGAGCAUUCGCAACAUUGAGGCUUCCGUGCAGCCCAGCCGAGACCGCAAGCAAAAGAUCACCGACCAGAUUGCCCAGCUCAAGUACAAGGAGCCCAACUCCCCCAAGAUUGUUGUGCUCGAGCAGGAGCUUGUCCGUGCCGAGGCCGAGUCUCUCGUCGCUGAGGCUCAGCUGUCCAACAUUACUCGCGAGAAGCUCAAGGCAGCCUUCACCUACCAAUUUGACGCUCUCCGUGAACACUGCGAGAAGCUUGCCAUUAUUGCUGGUUACGGCAAGCAUCUCCUCGAGCUGAUUGAUGACACUCCAGUCACCCCUGGCGAGACUCGCGAUGCCUAUGACGGCUAUGAGGCCAGCAAGGCAAUUAUCCAAGAUUGUGAGAAUGCCCUGACCAAUUGGGUUACCGCCAACGCUGCUGUCAAGCCGAAGCUCUCCACUCGCGCCCGUACUCUUUCUCAACGCCGCCACCAGCGCCGUGAGGGUGAGGGAGUCGAUCUUGCUUCUCAGGACCAACCCCUCAAGGACCGUGAAAGCGGCCUCUGGGUCCCCGCUGAACAGCACCAGGCUGGAGGUUACGGCGAAGAAGAAGAGGAGGAAGAGCCUGAGGCGGCUGGCAGCGUUACAGGCGCCGCCAAUGGCGAGACCCGCGGCCGCGAAGAAGAGCGCACCCUGGCGGCAUGAAUGCCAAGCCCUUGAAUGCAGAAUCCACGGCUUGGAUUGACUACCGCGCCAUUUUUCCCAAUGAUACCUGGCCUCGCAAACAUUUAAUACCCACCAACUCGAACCAGACAUGGAACCGUUCUCCAAGCCGUCUUUUUGAUUUUACUUUUUCGUUUUUUGUCUCAUACCAGAAAGCCAAGAAUGUACGCCAACCAUGGGA